AUGGAGCUGGGGGAACUGUCGCUUCGGGAUACAGAGUCCCCAACUAUCGCGCACUGUCCUGCUGGAGACCCAGCAAAAAUUCACGUUUUAACAUUCGACUACCGAGGAUUUGGAAAGAGUACCGGCUCACCAUCUGAGACCGGGCUUAUGAUGGAUGCCCUGGACGUGAUUGACUGGGCAAUGCAUGUUGCAGGGAUCCCUCCGUCUCGGAUUCUCAUCUUUGCUCAAUCAAUGGGCACGGCCGUUAGUAUCGCCGUUUCAAAACAUCUUGCCCUUCAAGACCCACCGGUGAUCUUUGCAGGUACCGUGCUUGUUGCACCAUUCGUCGAUGUCGCGACAUUAGUAUCAACUUAUCGCGUGGCGGGUACUAUUCCAAUCAUCUCACCAUUUACCAGAUUGCCAUUGGUAUUCAAAUAUCUUCAAAGAUUCAUUCGGGACAAGUGGUUGAGCAAAGACUCCAUCGCGCAGUAUAUGCGCGCCAACGAAUUCAACGAAGAGAAAUACCGACUGACGAUUAUUCAUGCUGAAGAUGAUUAUGAUAUUCCAUGGCAUCAUUCUCAACUCUUAUUCUGGCAUGCUGUUAAUGCCUCAACUUCGACUGGAAUGAGUUAUGAUUUCGAGCAGAAAAAGCUGGACUCGAAGGCGGAUCUUGGAGCUGCCGGGUCCACAAUGGAAUGGAGAACGGAUAACGGAGUCAUCCGAGAAGAGAUCUUGAAGACUGGAUUGCAUGAUGUUAUCAUGGGCUAUCCGGUAAUCACGAUGGCUGUUAUGCGACAUUUUGAAGCCGUUGAUCCGUCUUUCACAUCUUGA